CGCGUCUCCAUCGUAAAAGAUUCUCAACAGUGCAUCGCAAAGGCCAAUUACCAGCCCACCACCAAAGGGCUCCGUUCCUUUCUCUCUUUUUUGGUCUGUCCAGGAUUUGCCGCUUUUGCUUAUCUGUAGUCUUGUUGGGAUCCGCCUGCCAGGCCCCCCCAAAUUGAGACUCACGAUGCUCCGAUCCUCAACCAGGGCGGUCUCCACCACUGCCAGACUCUGGCCAACACACCCGGAGGCUCCUAUAAAAGGUUCCAGCGCUGCUCAACGGUUUGCUCUGACUUCAUGUCGAGUGCCUUCGUCAAGAGUCUUCCGUCACAGAUUCUACUCUACCGAAGCUACUGAAGUGCCGCCUCGUCAGUCUCGCUCUCGUUUCUCUCGUCUCGUUGGAUUCACAUCGAUUGCGGUCGUCGCAUUCACAGCUGGAUUUUUGUACCAAACACAGCAGACCAUCUCUCGGCUCAUGGCUUCCCCGAUACCUUCUGACCAGGAGACCCUCGGUCUCUUCAACCCCUCUGACGCGAAAGCACAAGAGGUUGAAGACCAUAUCCAAAACCACCCGCUCGCUGCCGAGCUGCGCGCAAACCCCGCUUUCACCGAGUCGCGACCGCAUUUGAAGAUCCCUGAGAGCCUACGCGCGCGCAAUUUGACGGCCGGUACCCUUGCGGGCCCCGAUAAGAUCGUGGUGCCCCCGCUUGUCUUCAGUGAAGCCGGGGGCAAGAGUCUGGUCUCGAUCCUAUACCUCGGUUCCGACCUGUCAGGUCAUCCAGGGAUUGUGCAUGGCGGUCUGCUGGCGACCCUUCUUGACGAGACACUGGCCCGCUGCUGUUUCCCUGCGCUGCCCAACAAAGUGGCUGUGACCGCCAAUCUCAGCAUCGACUAUCGCCGUCCCGCCUUUGCAGAGAACUACUGCGUUCUGCGCGCCGAGACCGUCAAGGUUGAAGGCCGUAAGGCGUGGGUUGAGGGCCGCAUCGAGUCUCUCCCCGAGGAAGGCACGGAUCCAGUUGUGCUUGUCGAGGCCAAGGCUCUGUUCAUCGAGCCAAAACAAGCUGCGUCUAUGCCUAGCCUGUACAAAAUCGUUGAUUGAAUGAUACCCUUUGAUUCAUGAUUAUUUCCCUUCUUUAUCACUUCGAUGAUCUCCAGUUAGGUAUUAGACGUUUAGAUAGAAUCUUUCGGUAUAUACUUUUUAGACAUCCAAUUUAGAAUUCACUACGCU